GUCUUCAAGCGCAUUCGCGGUGGCUCUCUGCAAGCACCAAUGGGUUUGAUGAUGGCUGGUUUGCUGGCCUCAUUGCCAACAUUUCGCCACCUUUGGUUUGGUGUUGACUUUACUCAGUGAACGUGUUUUAUGGCGAGCGGUUGUGUGCGCGCUCGUGUCGUUGUAAUUUUUUUCGAAAACCAUAUUUCCUGUUUAUUUGUGUUAAGCAAGUGUUAUGAAAACAACUUUCCUGCAAGUAAAAAAAUUUACAAAAAUUCUAAACUUUUAAGGUUUGACCUACAGUCAAUGUUUUACACAGUAAAUGCAAAAUUAAGAAUUUUCUGAAAAUACCCAAAAAAGUAUCAUCAAUUUCAAACAUCUUCAUGUAGCCGUUGUUGAUAAUUAUAUGUAUGUACCUCAUUAAAGUGCUGUUUCGGUUACACCUUCGUUGCAGCCACGACAUACCAAGAGCGCAGAUGUCAUCUUCAUAGCUAUGGAAAUAUUUGUUGUAAAAAAGAAGUAUAUGUAGGCUGUAGAGUAGCAGACGCGACACACCGACUCAAGCUUCCGGCAGAAAUAUUUGUUUUGUCUGACAAGAAGUCAGCAUUAAAAGGAAAACUUUUUUUAAUUUACCAACUUGUCGCCGAUUAACCAACUGACCAAAGACCUCGCCACGAGCUAAACGCAAUGUCAACGACAUCGUACAUUAUUUAGGCCAUAAAGAAAGAAAACAAAAUUUUUUUAAAACAGUUGUGAGAGUGACUUGUACUUGCCAAAUUAAAUGCACCAGUCAAAGUGAGUUGGUUUUGUUUGUAUUGCUUUUCUGGUUGUCAUAUUAUGGACGCGCUGUGCAAUGGCAACUAAACAAAUCUGGACAACUUAGUAACUAUGUCUGUAUGUAAACGUCAAACGUAAACACCACGUAUACUACUUACCAUACGAGAGGCACACACACAGUCAUACCUACAUAUAUACAACACAUAUAGACCACGAUUUAGAGUACGCAUAGCACCUGUUGCUUUCUUUUAGCCUCCAUCCAUUAAGCCGUAAUUGCGCACACACACGCUGACAUAAAUUCUAAGCGAAUAGCGUGGAUUGGAGUGUGAGAGUGUGUGUUGGACGCCGCAUUUGGCAGGCGUGUGGGUAAAAAAACUCAAGUACAAAUUUCUGCGCAUACGAGGAAUAUUUCUAUGGACGAAAAUGGAUUGCAGUAGACGUUUUUUAUGGCUUUCCGGCAUUUUAUUAGGUCCAAUUCUACUUGCAGCCUUGACGUUACAAGAUGCCGCCAGUCCAGUAUUUCAAAAUCACAAAACGAAAGAGUGGACGAAUUUAGAUAAUAUCACAUUCUCUUUUGAUUGUACACACCGACCGGUUGGCUUCUAUGCCGAUAUGGAGUACAAUUGUCAGAUCUUUCAUAUGUGCGAUGAAGAGGGCAAUCGCAUACCGCAUUUAUGCGCCAACGAGACUUCUUUCAAUCAGGAGUAUCGCAUCUGUGAUUGGGAUUACAAUUUUAAUUGCACAGAAUCACCGAAAUGGUUUUACUUGAAUGAGCUGACAUAUGCCACAGAGCCGCCCGACGAAGACGAAGACUAUUGAGCAACCAGCCGCCCACUAGCCAACCAAUCAACCAGGCCUUCCUUAUCCCCCAAACAACCCCCAAAACUAUUCUAAUCUUCCAUAUCUCUCAAGCACUCCCGAUGUGUGUGUGUGUGUGUGUGUAUUUUGGACUUUACCGACACGAAAUUAGUUAAGCUAAAUAUGUGUAAUUGUAUUUAUAUUAAUGUAAUUAAAUGUAAUUUGUUAUAUCUAAGCUAUAUAAUGAGUAAAAUAUGUUAAACGAUGGAAAAAUAUUGUAUGAGAUUUGUAGCCAGCCAAUUUUGAAUUGAGUAUCUAUUAGAUAUACAUACAUACAUAUACAUGUAGAUAUGUAUUUAGUAAAUAUAAAUUAAUGGC